CCAUUCACAUUCAUGAACAACCUCACUGCCUAGCUGGAGAUACCACAGACCUAUCUCACAGGAGAGGACGCCAUCAACCAUGUCAACCAUCCUCCGCAGACUCCAAGGCGGAAACCUAGAAGUUUUCAAGUUCGGAAUGUACAUCCUCUUCCCAAUUGGAUGGAUGUAUUACUUCGGCACAAACCUCGAAGAACGAUUUUCUGUGCCUGGUUUCUGGCCCACGGCCGAACAAUCGCAUAAAAUCCCGGAGACGAAGGAAGAUAUUGAUGCGGAGUUGGCGAGGAUGAGGAUGUUGGAUGCUGUUCGGUUGGAGAAGAGGCAGAGACAGCUGGGAUCGGGUACGAGUGAGGGGGCGGCGUGAGAAGUAUGGACUCGAUUUUAAGAUAAGAUGCACGCGGUUAAGCGGUGUCAAGAGCUGGCCUACUAGCAAGUGUACUUAUGUAUUCUUAUGUAUUUAUGUAUCAUAUCGAAGGAGUUUGGGAAAGGUCAAGGUUGCAUAGUCAUAUAUUUCAUGAAUCGCGUCUCUAUCAGUCUGUCGCCUAAAAUCA